AUGAGAGUAGUGUGUAAGGAUGAGAACUGUGGAUGGCUUGUCUAUACUGCUAACAACACUGAGAAUAAUUACUGGCAGAUCAAGACGUUCAAUGAUGAUCACAGCUGUGCAAGGGAAACCAAAAAUAGAUUGGCUAAUAGAAAGUGGCUGGCCGGGAAAUUGGUGAAGAAGCUACGAAAAUAUCCUAACUUAAGACACUGUGAGGCUGCUCAGUAUUUUAAGACAAAAUGUGACUUGGAACUAAGCAAGUGUUCACUGACUAGGGCCUUAGGAGAUGCUAGGGCUGUUGUGUAUGGUGAUGCUGCUGCCCAGUAUGGGAUGGUAAGGGAUUAUGGGCUGACACUGCUUAGGAGUAACCCAGGCUCUACUGUCACAGUUGGAGUUAUCCCUCAGUCCAACCCUGAUGAUGAACCAAUAUUUGAAAAGAUGUACAUCUGCUUGGAUGCUUGUAAGAAGGGAUUUCUGGCUGGCUGCAGACCGCUCAUAGGCUUGGAUGGAGCUUUUCUGAAGACACAGCAUGGUGGUCAGAUCUUGUCUGCAAUUGGACAAGAUGCAAACAAUCACAUAUAUGUGAUUGCAUAUGCAAUUGUCCCUGUUGAAAAUACUGAAAACUGGAGGUGGUUCUUGGAAUUACUUCAUCAAGACUUGGGAGAUUAUAAGCAAAACAAACUCUGUUUCAUUUCAGAUAUGCAGAAGGGCCUAAUCCAUGCUGUUAAGGAGGUUUUUCCAGGUGUCCAUCACAUAUUCUAUGUGUGGCACUUAUGGAAGAACUUCAAUAAGCAGUGGAAAGAUCUCUAG